AUCAAAUAUAAUGAAUCACGCAAAUGUUGAAGUUAGGUCAUCUAAUAUUAAUCAACUCCUCACAUAAAUACCGUUUUGUGUGCUCAUAUUUUCUGUCUCGUGCCAACAUGGCUAAGCUAGUUUUGGUCUAUGUUCUACUAUUUUUAGGCUUAUUAGCACAAACUUAUGCAGCAACAACUUACACAGUGGGAGAUAAUUCUGGGUGGGACAUCAGCACUAAUCUUGAUUCUUGGACUCAGGACAAGAAAUUUGUUGUUGGCGACCUUCUAUUAUUCCAGUAUACAUCAUCGGAAAGUGUAAAUGAGGUGACAAAAGAAUCAUACGACAACUGCAGCACCACCGCCGUUAUUAAUUCAUACACAAACGGGAACACAACAGUGACACUUUCAAGACCUGGUGCUUGGUAUUUCAUUUCCGGUAACAAAUUAUAUUGCCUCGGCGGAAUGAAACUUGCGGUUAACGUGGAAGGAAAUCAAGCCGCUGAUCAAGCUCCGGCUGGUGCACCGCAAGCAGCGGAGCCAGGGGCUACUCUUCCUCGGCCUUCUUCUAAGAACAACAAUCCUGUUCUCACUUCCGCUGCAUUUCUGUCUACCGGAAGAGAAAUGGACUCUUUAAUUAAAACUAUUUUGGGUUUGGUUACUGUAAUAUUAUGGUGGUUGGGCUAACUUAUUUGUAGUCAAGUUUAAAUCUUCCAAAACAUGAAUCAUUAAAUAUUUUGAA